AUGUCUGUUGAUCAACCAAUAUUAAAAGAUAAAUCAUUCUUUACAAGAUUGAACGAUUUAACGUUAACUCCAUAUAUAUGUUUAGCUAACGCAGCAUGCAUUUUAGCAUCACCGCUAAUAUCGCCAGCUAAAAAGUUAGCGACAUCAGCUAUACCACAAGAGUCACAUAGAACAAUGUUGCCCUCAAGUACCACUCGAGUACGUGGAAUAUUCAAUGGUAGGAGGAAGCAUGUCGGAUUGACGACAAGAAACGCUUUACUCUUCGGUAUUGCCAACUUGGCUGGGUCAUGGAUGAUAUAUGAUGAUGAUAUAGAAGAUGGUAGCGGUUUUCUAAUGGCUUGGUCAACUUUAUUUCUAAUAGUUAAUGGUAGAUCAUCAUUAACUGCCUUAAAAUACAGAAUGGUGUGGCCUUUGAUGCUAAGUACGAUGGCCGUAACUAAUGUCGGUCUCUACGGUAGACGUUUCAUUACAAGUUCAUUCAAAUAA